UACAUCUUCAAUGAUUACUCCAUUAUUGCUGUAAACAACGCAGAGAAGUAAAUUUAUUUAGUGGAUUCAAUCACAACAUUUAUAGCUACACUACAGCACACCUAAAAUAUAUUCAACAAUAACAGUAACAAAGUGCUUCCAGCUGAGACUUGUCCAUGUCUCUCUUGCACUGUGCUUGCACGAAGGCACGCGUUAGCGACUCUCCUUCUGCCAACAAACCCUUCGAUAGAAGCAUCUACACUCCCUUGGGUGAUGAUCGAGGUGAUGUGACUGCCCGGUCCGAGGCUUCCUCGUCCGAUAGUUUCAGUUCCACGACCGCCAUGUUGGAGUUCGAGUCAGAUGCCUCUUGCUAUGAGCUAUACUCAGUCAUAGGCAAAGGGCAUCAGGACACUGCCACCAUAUCACUGGCGAAGCACCUGACGUCUGGAGCAACCAUUGCUAUCAAACGUACUGACCUGGAGGCCAAUGAUUUGGAUCUGAAUUUACUACAGCGGGAGAUCGUCCUGUGUAAGCAGUUGCAGCAUGAGAAGAUACUGCCGCACUACAAGAACUUCAUCCACGGGCAGGAGCUGUGGUCAAUCAUGCCACUCAUGGCCUUUGGUUCGAGUCGUGAUUUGGUCCACGCUUUCUUCACCAUUGGACUUCCCGAACAAGCUAUAGCUUACAUUCUGCGAGACACUCUGUUAGCACUGGAGUAUCUACACAAUCGAGGAAUUAUUCACAGGGGUAUCAAAGCUAGUCAUAUUCUGAUCUCGGCAGCGGGGAAGGUGUGUCUGUCUGGGCUACAGACAGCCAUCUUCAUGAUGCAGGAUGGCAAGAGACUAAGAGUUGUCCAUGACUACCCAGAGAAUGCUAUAGAGCACCUGCAGUGGUUCAGUCCAGAAAUACUAGAACAGAAUUUAUCAGGCUACGAUACAAAGUCUGACAUCUACAGUCUGGGCAUUACAGCUUGUGAACUAGCCAAUGGCCAAGCUCCCUUCACAGACAUGCCAGUCACACAGAUGCUUCUUGAAAAGCUGAAUGGAACUAAGCCAAUGUUAGCUGAUUCAACAACUGUAGGGAAUUUUGUAACAGAGGAUGCUAUUUCAGAAUCUGAUGGUGCACGAGCUGAUGAUGCAAACAGACCUGAAAAAGUAUUCUUUGAAAGAACAUUUUCACAACAUUUUCACAAUUUUGUGUCACUAUGUGUAGAAAGAGAUAUCGAACAAAGGCCAACUGCUACAUCUUUACUUAAUCACCCACUGUUUAAGAAUUUGCGACGGAAAACAUCGGAGGCCUUACCAGCUUUGCUGCAUCCAGUCACACCCUUGACGGACAUCAGUAAACUGCCCAAGGACAACUCGCCAUGUCUGAUCUGACACAGCAGCUUGAGGAGGUGUCCAUGGAGGAGGACUGGUCGUUUGACUGACAGCACAAAUCAAACCAACUGUCCUUGUUGGCAAGAAUAGGACUGUCAAGGAUAGAUGUUUGGCAAGAUCAUUUUUGAUGAGAAUGAUAUAUUUAGCUGAAGUUGUUCUAAGGAAACUACGGAUUUGCCUUUGAUCCUUGUUAAAGACAAAUUGUAGUUAGCCUGAGAUCCUUGUUAAAGAUACUUGGCAGUUAGCCCAAGAUCCUUGGCAAGGGUAAAUGGUGGUGUGCUUCAGAUACUUGUCAGAGAUAAAUUAUUCUUUGUCUCAGAUCUUUAUCAAACAUAAAUGGUUCUUUGCCCAAGAUCCUUAUCUGAGAUGACUGGUGUUUUGCCUCAGAUCUAUGUCAAAGACAGCAGGGUUGUUUGCCAAAGGUUCUUGACAAAGAUAAAUGGUAGUCUUCAGAUCCUUGUCAAAGAUUGAUUGUUGCUUGUCUGAAAUUCUUGUGAAAGAGUAUUGAUGAGUUGCCUGAGAUCCUUUCAAAAUACUGGUAUGGUUUGGAAAAGACCCCUGUCAGUGUAAUGGCAGAGUUUAUAAUAUCCUUAUCCAAGAUAGCUGAUUGUUUUUCUUAGGUUUGUCUAAUAUUCUUAUCCUGCAGUUGGAGUGAAACUCAUGCAGGGCUUUGACAACAGAUUUUGUCUGAAGUCUUUGUCAAAUAUAUGGUAUACCAGACUAAGUAGCAUGAAGAUAACUCGAUGUUUGGCUGAGAUCUGUGACAAUGGUCAAUAUGAGUUUGUUUGGGAUACUUGACAACGGAACUGCAGAUGUUCCUGAGAUCUUGCAACUGUGACAAUCUUGCAGAUCAGUGAGGAAUGUGUGUUUAUCUGAGAUUACUGUCAAAAGGAAUGAUGUGUUCAGCUGAGAAACCUGUCAGAUUUUACCAGAAGACUAAAUCAGAAACAUGACACUUUCCAACAUCUAUGUUGCUUGUAAGAAGUUCCAGGACUACCUGCUGUCCAUUCUUCAUGUGAAUGUUGUAUAGCUGUGUUUGACCAGACUGACUGUAUGCAAGAUACAUGUGAACGUGAAAUGUAGACAUUUGACUGUUUUGGGUAUGAAUCGACUGGAAAGGAAGAAAGCUGGAAAUCAAGAAAGAUUUUUGUUAUGAGGAUGGUAUCCUUACUGUGUUUCAGUGUCAAACUUGUCCAGAAUGUAUUUGGCCUAGUUCUUUUGUAGGCAUCUUUCUUUUCCAUCCUUAAAAUGAUUCUUGCAAACAGUCCAAGAGAUCACAUCCUGUCAUCCAUCAGUGUAAGGCUAUGUUACAUGAUUGGAGGAAGUGAAACCAGCACAUGGAGUUGUAAUAGUACACAAUGUUAUUAAUGUGUCCUUGUUUGUCUCACUGAACACUCAUGCUUCUCCUGUCAUCCACCAGUGUAAGGCUAUGUUACAUGAUUGGAGGAAGUGAAACCAGCACAUGGAGUUGUAAUAGUACACAAUGUUAUUAAUGUGUCCUUGUUUGUCUCACUGAACACUCAUGCUUCUCCUGUUGUCCACCAGUGUUUAACCACCAGAUAUAGGCAACUCACAUCACACGUGUGCUGUCAUAGUACAGUAUAAGGGUAUGUGUUCCACUAUGUGCAACAUGGCCAACAGAGGUGUGGGAGGCACAGUUGACUUAGGAAUGCCACUAUGGAAACCUGUGAUCAUGGGUUUGUCAGGUACCUGAAGUUGUUGGUUUCACCAUGGUGGUAAAACAUAAGUACAAUGCUUUUACAGACAAGGAAAGCUGUGAGGAACAAUUCCCAAAUUCCUUUUCAACAUGUACUUAAAUCAGCAGGUUAUGAAAGAUGCUUGAGACCUCAAGAACUUACUGAGUUCAAUUUGUCAGUAAUAAACUGUAAGGAUAUCAUUCUGGUUGUAUUUGAAGUAAUUUCCCUGGAAAUAAUCAAAAGUGACAACAUGAGUUAGAACGUAACCUUAUAUUAGAAAGUAUUAUGAAAGUAUAAAAAACAACUCCUUAACAUCAGAGUUCAUGUAUUUUUUAAGUUAAUUUUGGUAAUGAUUUCAGUGUGGAAAUCUUUUGUAAUGUGUAUUUUCUGUUGUUUAAGAAUACAGGUACAAUUGUGUUGUAUGUCAGUUAUUUCAAACCGACCAUUUGUGAUUUGCAGGUGGAAUUGUAGUCACAGUAUGCUAAAUAAGGACGUGUGUGUUGGAUGUUAACUCCACUUAUUUAUGUGAAAGACAGGAAGUUGAUGGGAUGAGAGUGUGAGGAAACAGGCAUGUAGAGAGCUACUUCAAGUUCUCCCAUACACAGGAUUACAUUAGAAUGAUGACAUCAUGGUUAGGAUCUUCUGCAUGUUGUGACAGUGAAACAUUAGCAUAAGGUGAUUUUUCAUAAUUGCACUUAUUAGAAAUAUGGCCUUGACAUCUUGAGGUUCAUGAAAGUUUUGCAGUGUAUGGGAAGAAAACUAUAUGAAAAGUGUCAAACACUUCAAAAGGUUUUUGUGCCAAAUCAAGAGAACUUAAUUUACACAUGAAAACAGGUAGGGUAUCAUCCACGAUGAGAUAUGUAAUAUGAGAUUUUCAUCAGCUGUUUGUUCACCGUGACCUAGUCUCGAUUAACAGGUGUUCAGUUAAACAAGUAGUACUCUUUUUGUAGACAUUCCUGACAGAAUCUUCCUGACAUACAUUGUUUCACUGUCACAUAUUUAUGCGACACAUCUGUGAUUUAUUAUAUUAGUGUAUUAACUAAAGACACAAUAUAAUUGAUAUGUGAUAUCACUAUGGAGCCAAGGAAAUACAUCCUAUUUAUUAAAGUUUGGUCAUGUAUCAUUUCUCUAUUUAUCAUUACAAAGACUGUUAGGACAAAGUAAAAUGUGCAGAUACUGUAACAUUAGCUUUUAGAUAUCCAGUUAAGAUGUAUGAUCGCCAUGCCUUUCAUGGAUUUGGGUGGAAAUAAUGGCACAGUUGGUCCUUAAAAACGGGAAACAUGGUUUCCAGCUUCAUACAGGACUGACCCUGUUGUACUUAGGGGUGGCCAGGGCUUAGGUUCUCAGACAGCAGGGGCGGAUUCAGAGGGGGCUGCAGGGGUGCGCAACCCCCCCUCUCUCCUGAAUUUUUUUUCUGAGGCGCAUUUUCCCCUAACUUUUGGACUUCAUGAUUUAUGUGCAUCCCCCCCUUAUCCAAAAUCCUAGAUCCGCCCCUGGACAAUAUAAUUUCAGUAUAUUCUCCAAUACAUUUUUAUUUGGAAAUGAGGUUCGAAACUUUUUUCAUCCAUCUUUUUCCAUACAUUUUCAUCUGGACAUGUUUCAUGACCAUUCAAUGAUUUCAUUAACCGUUUUGUUUUUAAGAACAGAUGAUGUGUUAACAUAGCUUCACCUGGACUCUCCACUGUAAACAUCAGAGUAAUGUUAUCUCUUUGUAUGUUGUUCAUGUCUGUCACUGUUUUUGUAUGGACUCCCCUGAAAUACAUCUGCAUCACUGAGUACGCUACAAAGUCCAAGAGUAAUAAACAUUAUCAACUGC